UAAUGUUUUGGAAGCCUGAUGCAGAUGCUCCCGUUUUAAGACAAAAAGAUACAGGCACCAAUGAAUCUGAAACUACAAAUUUCAUUUACAAUGCUCACAAGAACUGCUCAUUGUCAGCUCAGCGCCAAAAGCUCCCCAUAUUCAAUUAUAGGAACAAUUUUUUGUAUUCAGUCGAAAGCAGUUCAGUAACUGUAGUGGUAGGUGAAACAGGUUCCGGAAAAAGUACUCAGAUACCUCAGUAUCUUUCUGAAGCAAAUUGGGCAUCUAAUGGUAUGAUGAUUGCUGUUACUGAGCCAAGAAGAAAUGCCACCAUCACAUUAGCUUCUAGAGUAGCUGAUGAAAUGGGAUGUCACUUAGGAUCAGAGGUUGGAUAUCAGAUUAGAUUUGAGAAUGCUGUCUCUGAGUCAACUAAAAUCAUGUACUGCACUGAUGGGAGCCUACUUAGAGAAAUUAUGGCAGAUCCACUUCUUACAAAGUAUGCAGUUAUAGUUGUAGAUGAAGUCCAUGAACGUAAUAUAAAUACUGACUUACUAAUAGCACUUCUAAGGAAAAUCAUAAAACAAAGAAGUGAUCUUAAAAUAGUCUUAACAUCUGCUACAACUGAUGCAGAAAAGUUAAAGAAAUUCUUCUGUUCCAGAGUUCAAGGUGAUUCUGCUUCAAAGAUCACCUGUUCAAUCUUGUCAGUUGAGGGGAGAAAUUUCCCUGUGCAAAUAAACUUUGCAGUAAGUCCAGUACCUGACUAUCUCAAAGCUUCUAUUGACUUGUCGAUCUCCCUACACGAAAACAGGCCCCAGGGAGAUAUUUUAGUGUUUCUUACGAGUCAAGAUGAGGUAUUAUCAGCUGUGAAAGAUUGUAGAGAAGAGGUAAGAAAACUUGUGAAACCCAAGCAAAAUGUCAAAGUAUUGCCCUUCUACGGGAGCUUGCCAACAGAGGAGCAAAUAAAAGUUUUUGACACAACUCAAACUGGCCAAAAAACACGUAGAAUUAUUUUCUGCACAAACAUUGCCGAAAGCUCAGUCACAAUACCUAGGAUAAUAUACAUCAUAGACUGUGGAUUCAGUCGUUAUAAAACUUUUAAUGCAAACUCUGGCUUGGAAAUAGUAAUUAAGUCUCAGAUUUCAAGAGCAUCAGCUGUGCAAAGAGCUGGAAGAGCAGGAAGAUUAGGGCAUGGUGAAGCCUUUAGACUGUACACUGAAAGUUCAUUUGAGAAGAUGUUGAUGGAAACACCACCUGAUAUAACCCGAUCCAACCUGGCAGAUGUUGUCCUGAAAUUGAAAGCUAUAGGAAUAUCAAACAUUGUGAAGUUUAAUUUCCUCACUCCCCCUCCUUCAAAACAUCUCUGUAAAACGUUAGAGGUUCUUCAUGCUUUAAAUGCUAUUGAUGACAAAGCUGAUUUAACAGCCAUUGGUUUUGUUCUUGUUGAGUUUCCCAUUGACCCAAUGCUCACAGUAUGUCUCCUUGAAUCAGACAAGUAUGGCUGCAGUGAAGAAAUACUAACAAUCGUAGCCAUGUUGCAGGUCAACAAUGUUUUUACCAAAUCUCAGAGAAGUGGGAAAACUGUGAAACAGAUGAAGUUCAAGUUUGCUGCUAAAGAGGGAGACAUGAUAACAUAUCUAAAUAUUUUCAGAUUUUUUGUAGAAAACAACAAGAGCCGUUCUGUAUGUAAGGAGCAUUUGCUGAACUAUGAUGUUUUAUGUAAGGCUGAUAACAUUUUGAAGAGACUCAAAUCAUUUUACAAACGUUAUGGAAAAGAGUUAUCAUCAACUGAUGAUGAUGCUACCAUACGUAAAUGUUUGUUGAGUGGAUUGUUUGUGAAUGCUGCGUACUAUCAUCACACUGGAGUCUACAAGACCUUCAGAGACCAUUUCAACCUCAGCAUACACCCCUCUAGUGUUUUAGUUUCGGAGCGUCCUAAGUAUGUUAUAUUUAAUGAGGUACUAGGAUCAUCUCAAAACUAUAUGAAGGAUAUAACUGUUAUCGAAUCAGAAUGGCUCUUGGAAGUCGCUUCACAUUAUUAUGUAAAUAAAUUUGAAACCUCUUAGAUAGAGGGGAGUCAUUGUUAGCUAUAAUAUUUUGAUUAAUAUUCAAUAUUAGGUAACACGCUUUAAUCGUCUUAAAUUUUUACAGAUUGUACUAAUAAUAAUAUUAUCGUCUUAUGGUAUUUAUUGAA